ACGCUGGGACGUUGUUCCCUGACCCCUUCCGAAGGUGUGUUGCAGUGGGAAAACAGCAGGUAGAGGGUUUGCGACAGGUUCGACACGGGGGACCAGCCAGCAACGUCAACUUUCACUGCUGGGUUGGGUGCCCCUACAGCGCCUCCUUAGCGACGGUCUCCGGCGUCAAGCGCGCCCACGGUGAGCGCGGGGCCGCCACUUCCGCUCUCGCCUCCCACCGCGCAAGAUGGCUGAGGAGUCGGAAUCCGCGCUGCAGCUCACCCCCCCGACUGCCGCUGACGGCGACGGCCCCACGGAGGUCUCCCCGGAAACAGCCACUCCGGAGCCCCCUUCCUCCGCUGCAGUCUCCCCGGGAACAGAGGAACCUGCCGGUGACGCCAAGAAAAAAAUUGACAUCCUGUUAAAGGCUGUGGGAGACACUCCAAUAAUGAAAACAAAGAAGUGGGCUGUAGAGCGAACCCGAACCAUCCAAGGACUCAUUGACUUCAUCAAAAAAUUCCUUAAACUUGUGGCCUCAGAACAGCUGUUUAUUUAUGUGAAUCAGUCCUUUGCCCCCUCCCCAGAUCAGGAAGUUGGAACCCUCUAUGAGUGUUUUGGCAGUGAUGGUAAACUGGUCCUACAUUACUGCAAAUCUCAGGCAUGGGGAUGAACUACAGAGAAAAAGAUCUUGCUACUUAAAUGAAUCUUCACAAAGGAAACGGCCCUGAGAAGUUUUGAUACUUGUGGCAAGAGACUUGUGGAUAUGAUCUGCUCAGCAUUUAUCUAUGGUCCAUGUUUAUGCAUAAAAAAAUUCCAUAGAAUAGAUGGACUCAGAAAAGGGUGAUUUGUAUUAAUACAUGAUCAUAAAAGAUUGACAUUAGAGUAUACCCAUUACUACAGCAAUUGCUCCAGAUCUGCAUCUGAGGGAUUGAAAAGGAAAUUUAAGAUAGUAUACAGCUUCUUUAUUAGCAGUUUUCAAAAUGACUGAAGUUAUUUACUUGAGCACUCUGCUGAUUUAUUUCCACUGUAACAGUCAGCUUACUGAAGGAUUAUUUUUGUGCUUAUUCAGCAAAGUUCAGUUUGUUUGAGGUAUGGAAAAUGCCUUUUCUCAUUUACAUCUAUGUCCUCAGUGUUGUGAAACAGUCACAUUGACCAGCUGGCUUUAUACCUCACGUGGUCCAGUAGAGGGCAGCCCAGCUUGGCAGAAUUGGUUUUCAGUCAUCUUUGCCAGAUGAUGAUGGAGGAAAAAAGCUGUUCCUGCUAAUUUCUAGCAAACAUCUAGACAAGAGAGCACAUGUGUUGACACACUGGAAUUCUGCUUUAGAGAAUGUGUGGUUGAGAUUUACUUAUUAUAUUGGGAAACAAGGAAUUUUACAAAUUGUGUACAAAUUAGUCAUAUAGCUCUUUUCAGUCCUAUCAUUUAAUGAUUCUUGAUCCCAGUGGUUAUAACUGUGGUGUUAUCCUGUCCCUGUUAUUACAGUGUCGAAAGCAUUCAGUGAGUAAAUUUGACAACAUUGAGUUUUUUAUAAUCCAUUUUGCCAACUUGAAAAUGCUCAAAACCUGUUAAAAAAUAGCCUUAGAUUUUAUGUGCAUUUCAUGCCAUGACUAAAAGUACUGUUUUUGCAGAUGCUGUUGGGAUAGUAAUUGCUUUAAGUGAGAUUUAAUUUUUCUUCAUUCUGUAUAAUACUGGCAAUAGAGCAUUAAGGAAAAAAAGCAUUCCAAUAAAUCGAAUGCAAUAUCCAAACAGGAUCUAAGGUGUGUCCAAAAACAAAGUGUUUAUUUUCAAAGAUAAUAGAAAUGGUAUGAUUUUGUCAGAAUAACUACACUUAGGUCCCUUAAAUACCAAAAUGUACUUUAUGGUUAAUGAUUUGCCAUACAUUAGCAAUAAAGGUGCUAAGGAACAAUUCAGUUUACAGUGAUAAAAUUACUGUUCAGCUCUUAUUUUCUGACCAAUAUGUAUUUUAAGUCCCUUAUACUGGUGCCCCUGUGUCGUAAGUUAUUACAGCUAGUAGUUAGCACUGGAACAAGACAGGUUGAAUUGUGCAAGUUUGUCUUGUAAGACUUGGUAGGACAUUUAUAUAUGUUGAAAGCUGGAAAAUAAAAUUAGAUACAGAAAAGAUCUCUUACCCAGCUUUGUCUACAGUUCACUGAAAGAUGUGGAUAUAUUUAUAUGCUUCUAUAUUUAAUAGAUAGCAAAAAUAUGUUUAUAUGUUUGCAGCCAAGGUUUCAGAUGAUAGAAUAUUUACUACCUCAACAGUCAGAACUACUUGAGUUUGAAUUUGUGACAUCAAUUUAAUUGUUAUUUUAUCUAAAUAAUGUAUUUAUUAAAUCUAAGGUUAGCAAAAUAGGUAUCUUUUUUGUUUUCUUCCCUAAUGACCUUAAAGAACUUACAGGGCUUUACACUUUUUCAAACUAUAUCUACAUUUUUAUCUCUUAAUCCUUGCCCAAAGAAUUAAUCAUUCUGUACUAACUUUGCAAUCCUCAGUUUACAGGCCUGGAUCCCCUAAGUUAUUGAGUGACUAGAAACUCAAACAUAAUACAGAUAUUUUUGCAGAUGUCUGUUUAAACUGUGUUAAUUAUAAUUGAACUUUGAGGGGUAGGGGUUGAACCUUCAGCCUCUAUUUUCAGUUUCCCAUGUUUAUGAGGAAAUCUGUGUCAGUGUCAUGCUUUAUCUUACUGUGCAGAAAUGGCCUACGGCAUAUAGUGUGUACAAUAUUAGAAUAUUGUGUGUCUAUCUUUGAAGAUAACCUAUACCAAGGACUUCAUGAAUUCCCAAUAUUUGGUGUGUGAGGAAAGUGAAUGUUUAUCUGUAAUCAAAAUGAGAUUAGGUACUUCCUGGAAUCUAGGAUUUCUAGAAGUUUUAACCCUGAAGGGACCUUAAAUAUCACCUACUCUAAUCAGAUUAGAAAACUGAAGAGGUACAGACUAUGCCUUAGGUUAAAUAGCAUUAGUCAGCUUAGUUGUGUGUAACCAGAAAUGGGAAAGUCUGGUGUAAAGAGUUUAAAAAUGAAAGUUGCCUUUCAUGCAGCUUCUGCUUCAUUUUCCAAGGAUUGUAAUAUACGGGGUAAGCUGCUGGCACUAGGGAAGUCGGCUACAAAUCACAUACUGAAAAGUACUCAGAAAAUGAUACAGUAGGCUUAGUCUUAUAAAUACUGUUUCCCUACAUUUCCAACCCACACUGAAUGUGAGUGUUCACUAUUCCCUGAAUGUGCCUUUUGUGUCCUACAUCUGUGUACUUACACCUUCACCCCUUCAAAUCCUCUCUGCUUAAUUCAGAUUUUAACUUAGUUUGUGUGAAUCAAUCAAGGAGGAGAUACUGUCUCAGUGGAAUACUUACAGCAAAGUGUCACUAUUACAACACUUACAAGCAGGCGUCCGAUGCCCUUUCAUGAUUAGUGUUCCUGAAAAUAGGGCUUUUUUUGUUUCUUAUUUGGUAUCCACACACAUAAUACUUAAUACAUUUCCUUACACAUAUAUAAUCACUUAUUUAUAUUGAAUGAUAGCGUGGCUUGCAAAGUAUGAUUUAACCUAGAAAAGCAACAAUAAAAGACAUCUGGCAGGAGAUGAAAAUAUUUGCAACUUCUGACAGGGUUUUAGUGCCUAGUAUGUGAAGAACUCAUUUCAUUUGAUAAAAAAGACAUCUGAAAAGGGGGGGGGAAAUAUUAAAAUAGAAUUGAUAAAAAAAAAGAUGGCCCUAAAGCACAAAAAGUUAUAAAAAAAAUGAAAUGCUGAUUAGCACCCAUCAUAGCAAUAAUUAAAAGCAAUGUAAUUAUCAGUCAUGGCAAAGUUGUGGGAAAAUGCCUAUCAUCUUGGUGAAUGGAAUGUGAAUUGGCACUACAUUUUUAGUGAAAUUUGCAAAAUCUAUCAAAAGCCUUGAAACAAUAUAAACUUAGAUGUGUUCAUACUUUCCAUCUGUUCAUUCACAUACUGGCUGCCUAUGAUGUCCUCAGCAUUUGGAAUGAGAUCAGUAAGAUCCCUGGACUUAUGGCCCUAUCAUUCUAAUUUGGAAGCAGGUUUUCAGAUAAUGAUUUUAAAUAAUUGGACUUUUUAACUGAAUUUUUAGAAAUAAUGGGAAGUAAGUAACAUUUGAUACCAAAUAAUAGAUUUACCUGUAUUUUCUGGAAAGAUAAAAUAUGUGUGUGUAUGAUUGUGAGUAGACUCUUCAGUUAGAAGAAUCCUUGUAAAUCAACUCCUGUAGUUGCUUCCAUGUCCUUACAGGAGAUAACGCAUGAAGCUUAUGUUGAUUUCUUUUGGUGAUAGCCACAAAGGAAACACUUCAUUUAAGAUGGCUCUAUUCCUAUAGAACUGUCUUCCUGCGUGCCUCUUUCAGCUAUUUGUUCUCUGUAUCUAGUAUCUAGAUUCAUGAAGCAUGUCUUUUUUCCAUUUCCAACCCAGUCCUCCUGCUUGUGGCAAGUCUGUUCCUUUCAAAUGCUUAGACUCAUUCUCAGUCCCUCUGUAGACAACCCACUUCCCAAAUCUGUUAGCAAAUCCUGGCAGCUUUUUACUUUGAAAAUAUGUCCAGGAUCAUCACUUCUGCUCCCACUAGCCAAAGUCACCGUUAUCUCACUAAAAUUGUUAAUAGCCAACUAACUGACUUGCCUUUACCUGCUCUCUCCUCUGGCCAAAAUCCCCAAAUUGCUCCCCAUAUCUGACUGAAAGCUGAAGACCUUACAUCGUCCUACAAGGGCCUAAGUGGUCCAUCCCCACAUAAAAAGUCCCCAUUUUUACACCCUGCCACCAGCCACAUCCAUGUUCAUCACUGUUACUCAAACACUAAGCUUGCAACUUCGUGUUUCCCCCCAGGGCUUUUCCACUUAGACUGUUUCCUCCAUCUGGAAACUUCCCCCAGACAGCUGUGAGUCUCACUAACAUCCUUCCUUCCCUGCUCAAAUACCACUUCAUAAAGGAAGUGUUCCCCUGAACUCCCUCUGAAAUGAAAACACCACUGCACACCUCCUUCCCCUGCUUAAUUUUUCUCCAUUGAUAAUGCAUAGUAUUUGCCCAUUUCUGCAUGUAUACUAUAUGUACUAUCUAUUGGCAUGUCUACAUUCCCAACAAUCCCCACAUUAGAACAUAAGCCCUCGAAAAGCAGAGACUUAAUUCAUAAGCAGUGCCUGGCAUGUAGCACAUGCUUUUAAAAAUGUGUUGAAUGGAUGGUUAGAUAAUUCACAACUCUAGGAUCUGAACAAGAACAAGCAAUUGAAUUACUCUAGCCAAUUACUGAUAUGCUUUUUCUACCUUCAUUUAUACAUACACAAAGCACUGUGUGCUAGGCAUUGAGGAGAAUAUAAAAUAAAAUGUAAGUGGAGUCUGUCCUAAAGGUUCUCACUGUCAAGAUGACCCACAUGAGUAACUGCAAUACAUGUUUCCUAGUAAGGGCCAUAGGAAAGCGUGAUAUUGGCCCAAUGUUCAGGAGGAGAUACUGUUUUUUUGAGAGGAAGGCUUCUGAGCUAAGACUUUAAGAUGUGGACAUGUUGAAAAGGCCUAGAAUCUGGGUGGAAGGAAAAGCUUAAGCAAAAGAAUGGAUUUGGUAAGCAUGAGAAA